AUGCGGGCGUUUUUCUUGUUAGCGCUGACGGCGCUGUCCCUGAGCCCAGUGCUGGUCCACGGGUCCGAGAAGAAGAAACUUCAGAUCGGUAUCAAGAAGCGAGUGGACAAUUGCCCCAUCAAGUCCCGCAAUGGAGACGUGCUGAACAUGCAUUACACCGGGAAGCUGGAGGACGGCACCGAGUUUGACAGCAGCAUUCCCCGUGGCAGACCCUUCACCUUCACACUGGGCAGCGGUCAAGUGAUUAAAGGUUGGGACCAAGGCCUGCUUGGCAUGUGCGAGGGAGAGAAGAGGAAGUUGGUCAUCCCCUCCGAGCUUGGUUACGGAGACCGAGGAGCGCCACCCAAGAUCCCGGGAGGAGCGACCUUGAUCUUUGAGGUGGAGUUGCUCAGCAUCGAGAAGAGAUCCGAGCUUUGA